AUGGAAGCAGCAAUUUCAACGACAACUCGUUAUGAGAAAGGGAGUACACCCACAAAACUGGAGGGAAAGUUUACUGCAAUGGUGGUGUGUUGGCUUCUUGGAAUCGGAUGUGCGUUUUCUUGGAAUAGCAUGCUGACGAUUGAAGAUUACUAUGUUCAUUUGUUUCCAAAGUAUCACUCCAUGAGAGUCCUGACGCUCGUAUACCAACCUUUCGCCCUCGGAACACUUGCGAUUCUUACAUAUCAUGAAGCCAAUAUAAACACCAGGAAACGAAAUCUAUUUGGAUACAUUCUCUUCUUCUUCAGUACUCUCGUUGUUCUACUUUUGGAUUUAGCAACAUCGGGUAAAGGAGGAAUGGGAAGUUUCAUCUGCGUGUGUGUGAUAAGUGCUGCCUUUGGAUUAGCCGAUGCUUAUGUGCAAGGUGGAAUGGUUGGAGACUUGUCGUUCAUGCUCCCCGAGUUCAUUCAAUCGUUUCUAGCGGGGCUUUCUGCAUCAGGAGCUCUUACCUCCACUUUGAGAUUGUUUACGAAAGGUGUUUUUGAUAAUUCACAAAACGGUUUACGAAAGGGAGCACUUUUAUUCUUCACGCUAUGCACAAUCUUUGAGUUGCUUUGUGUACUUCUAUAUGCAUUUGUGUUCCCAAAGCUUCCAAUUGUAAAAUACUAUCGAUCAAAGGCAGCUUCAGAAGGAUCUAAAACAGUUUCAGCUGAUCUUGUUGCCGGUGGAAUUUACUCGCAUUCUGGAGAGAUAGAAUCAACUUCCAAAAAACUGGAACGAUUGAGCAACAAGGAAUUGUUACUGGAAAAUACUGAUUAUGCAAUCGAUAUGCUUUUGAUAUAUCUAUUAACACUUUCUAUUUUUCCUGGGUUCUUAUCCGAAGACACGGGAUCACAUAGCUUGGGUUCUUGGUAA